AAGCCCCGUCAAAAACACUCGUAGGGACCUGAGGCUUCCGAGAUAGUACAGUACGUCUUGAUCCGGUUCUGCCAUGGCAUUCGCAACCUUCGCUUUGGCUCUUCUGAUGUCCGCUGCCAUGGUGACCGGCAGCUCCGACUGCAUCGCUGCAAGUGUGCCUGGCAUUCUGGACCUUGGAACGUGUCUUGGAGACUCCCUGGAGCUCUGCAAUGCGACGUCGGACGAAGUGAUGGCAACCGUAAUGCAGCUGGUUCAGUGCCUCGUUACAACGCUGACACAGAUUAACGCAGUGGGUGCUGUGGCAGCGUUGAUUGACAUCGUUGGGAUAGUCCUCGGCGUCCUGGGUGCAAAUCUCAGCGGCCUCACGAAUCUCCUCAUGCCCUUGUGCGCGGAAGUCAAUGUGCCAGGAUGCAUUACGCUGCUGUCUCCAGAUGACACCUGCACGGCACCCAUCAAUGUUUCUCUUCCGGACAACCUCAACCUCGGAGAGUGUCUCAACGAUACCCUGCUUCUGUGCAAAGACGGCGAGCCUGUCACGGACACUGUUCUAUUGAAGCUCGUGGAAGCCGUUGUGUGCGUGCUGAACAAUCUGCUUGAGACUUCUUCCGAAGGCGUUCUUAACGGCCUUGCCUGCGCCGUGGUGGAACUACUGAGUGGAGCUGCUGCGAAUGCCAACUUCCUGCUGAAGAUCACCUUAGGAGGCCUCGCCACAACCAUCAGUUCGUCGAUACAAUGUUCGUAAAUGAAGUGCACAUUGGGACAAGCCGUCACGAAGGAAAUAAUAUUCAAAUUGGGUGCUUACAUUUGGAGCCAGUGCCAGUCGUCGUAGGAACAAGGAAUUUCGCUUUGCAGCGGAAAAAGUGCAUACAAUCUUCUAAAUCAUAUAAUUCCAAGUGAAGAGGCAAAAGUGUGCCUAGAAUUGUAAGUGUCGAGAGAGAUAAACAUUAUGUGCAAGCACCUCAGUUCCGAGUGUAUUAUUUCUCCGUUUACUGCCAAUGGAUUCCUGGAAGGAGUAGCCCACCCAGCCAUGGACCCCAUCCGGGGAGCCUCCACCUCUUCAAACCUACCCGAAAUAAAGUCUUACUAUUACAACUCACA